AUGACGAGCAACGAGUCCCUUUUCUUCGGAAUCAUCCACAUCGUCACGAACUUUGGCAUCGUGUGCAUGGACACGGGGUUCUGGCAGAAGGGCUUCUCGGCUGAUGUGGCGGCUGCGGUGCCCGGGUAUAUUCUUGGAGGGAAUGCGUAUUUUGCGAUUCCAUUUACGUUUGGAACGGUUGUUGGGCUUGGUAUGCACCCCUUUCUCACCCCUAGUGUAGGUGCUGACCGCAAUAGGCGCAUUGGUCCUCGAACAAAAACCCCCGCAUGGCCAACAUAUCCACGCCGCAUGACCGAGGCAGAGGUAAGCGGCGGCCUCGUCCUGCCCUACGCCGCAUCAGCCGUUGCAGGAAAAGGCGGUGCAGCAGCUAUUCUUCUGAUCCUCUUCAUGGCCUGCACGAGCGUUGCAUCCGCGCAGCUCAUCGCCGUCAGUUCGAUUGUAUCGUUUGACAUCUAUGGCGGAUACUUUAACAAGAAACCCACCGACCGCCAACUGAUUCGCUGGUCCCAUAUCGGUGUGGUUGGAUGUGCGCUGUUUAUCUCUACCUUUGCCACGGUGUUGCACAAAGGCGGGGUUGAUUUGAAUUGGUUGCUGUAUAUGAUUGGGAUUGCGAUUUGCCCCAGUACAUUUCCAACCUGCUUCGCCCUCCUCUGGCGCAAGCAAACGAAAGCAGCCGCAAUCAUUUCACCCAUACUCGGCAUGGCCGCCGGGUUCGCCGUCUGGUUCGGGACCGCGCACGCGCUGUAUGGUGAAAUCACCAUCACGACAACGGGCAAGACACUGCCCUGCAUGUACGCGUGUCUGACGUCCAUGUUCGUCCCCCUCCCCGUUGCCGUACUCCUCUCUAUCCGCAACAAGGACCCGUUCGACUGGGAUGAGUUCCUUACCAUCGAGCGCGUGAGCGAUAAACGAGCCACCGAAGACCAAGACGAAGACACUGAGGGCACCGCAAACAACGCCAGAAACACCCACACCCACCACUUCAACAAAGAAACAUACUUCACCCCGGACCGCGUCGCAUACAUGAAACGCAUGUCCCGCAUCGCUGCAAUCUGGGCCGUCGCCACAUUCCUCGGGCAAAUCCUCCUGUGGCCGCUGCCGAUGUACGGGGCCAAGAUGGUCAUGUCGCGCGGGCUGUUUAUUGCGUGGGUUGUUGUGGGACUGGUGUGGUUGUUUGUUACCCUGGUUGUGGCGAAUUUCUAUCCGUUGGUUGAUGGAGGUGCGGGGCAGAUUUGGGAGGUGGUUCUUGCUGCCAAAAAGUCGGUUCUGGGGGAGAAGAAGGCGGGAGGGGAGGGAGAAGGGAGCUCAGAUGUGGAAAGGGAGGCGGAGGUGGAUGAAGUGAUAAGGAUUGAGGCGGGGCAGGGGAAGCAGAGGUAG